ACCUUGGCAUAACAACAAUGGCGCCUUCCAUGUAGCCGGCCUGUCCCCACGGUCGCGGACAUCGCCGUGCGCCCAUUGCAACAAAAUUAUGCCCCGUCAGCUUCUAGUCAACGUAGAAAUUCAUUUCUAGUCGGCCAUGGGAGAGUCAAGCGGCAAAACAGAAUCGCCGCGAUCUGUCGAGUUGUGCCUCGCUUCGAGCGGCGAUACGUUUCUCGUCACUCGAGGUUCGAUCGUCGAUGUUGACAAGCUGUCCCUCAGACUGGACAAUGCGCUUCGCUUGGACCAAAACACCAAGGACUCGGUAACACACUUUGCGACUGGGACCAACCCCCCCGAUUCGGUCGUCGAGGCACGGAUUUCGGCCGCAGUAGACGAGCGGCUGUUCUGGAGUAUCAUUGUAGAACUUUCGAGAUCCGACAAUUAUCGUAGGCUUUGCCUCAACAAAUUUCGGAGCAGGUGUCACAAGUGCCAGCGGACGAAACGCACGAGAAGAAGCUACCCGGUGACCGUGAGCGUUGUUGUGAGCCUUGUGCCUUGGAAGCCUGUGAUGGACAGGUCUUGGGAAGCCAAGGUGGGCCACCUAGUGGUAGAACAACUCGAACUGGAAAACACAAUGGCUUGGUUGUCGACCCUUGGUGGAGCUUUCUCCGCGCUCGGUGAUUACUGCUCCCGAUUUGCUGAGGCGGCGGGGCAAGUCUCGGUGAAGCAGUUGAAGCUGGCCCUGCGCAUCGGUGACCCAGUGACCGUCUGUCGGUGCCACAUCUACCUGGCUAUGAGUCUGCUGCAGAGGGGCUACUUCCGCUCCUGCCGUCGGCUGCUGAGACCAACAGUGCCGGGGCCUGCCAACAAGUCCAGCAUCCCUGAAUGGCGUAUUGUUGAGCUCCAGGGCGACCUGAUGACAAAUGACGAAGGGACGGCUGGCCGAUACAUCGGUGACCUCCAUUACACCAAAGCGGGCAUUCCGGUGCUGCUUGUUGGCCACCACAUCUUGUACGGCAAAGAGCAGGACGUGGAAAAACCCUUUCUCGUUAUCGAAAAAUCCACUGGAAAAGAAGGGGAAACACAGGGCACCACGAAAGAGUAUCUCGUUCGCGGUGUCGUCACGAAGAAGGUCAUCUUUCGGUCUCGCCCCAAGCCCAUUGUCAGCAACGUGCCAACGAAGGUGUGAAGACAAAGUGCAAAACUGUAGAUGCGACACGACAAUCAUCAUGUGUUGCUCUGACUCUGAGGUGUACCUGCUGAAUAACUUUGAAAAGUCAGGAUUGUGGACUUAAGAAAUCCGAAGUGAACGUGAAGACAUAAGUUUUAAAGAUGUAAUAGUGCCCGUUUUAUUUAUGCUGUCGCAGUGGCUUUUUAAAAAAUUGGCUGAAGCGUUUUUACUCUGUGUAUUGUAGCUUGGUGUUGGAUAAUGCUUUUUAGGUAUUUUUUUCCCCAUAAAAUGAGCGUGUUUUGGUGCCUAGUGUGCAAAUUGUGCCGGCAUGAAUAUGCACGUGCUUGAUUCGCUAGUUUUACAGACAAUAAAAAGUAUUGAGCAUUGUA